AUGUCUUUCGCUUGCAUGGCCACGUUGAUUAUACCCCCUUCCUCCGUUCACCGUCUACUUUCUCGGAGCCCGUACCCUGUUCAUUGGAAUGUUUCUGGCGUGGGCAUGGGGCGUGAUCGCCAUGAAGGCCGCCUAUGCUGCCAGACCGUCGGCGGAUACACAGGCACGACUCGCAUCCUUGCAGCAGGAGGUCGCCAGAAGGCUAGGGAGGAGGGUAAAGACCCUGCUGGCCUGGCGCAGAUUAUGUCCUCAUGGACAGCCUGGCGUCCAUGUUGCUCACUUCAGGAGCGGAUGGCUGCCAUCUGGUAUGAAACCAAGCACCAUACCUCUUUGUUGAUAUCAAUAGCACCCAACAAGACAUCCUCUGCUCCAUUGUCCAUCAAAUCUGGUGGAUCAAGCUCUGAGUCUAGAUCUGAAACCGCAUCAAAGUCACCAAUGUUCUGA